AUGCUUACCCCUCAAAAUGGUAUCAAUAUCCCAGGGAUUAUCCUAGAUGAGUUGAAAACUAAAGAUUACUCAAAAGAUGAACGUUUCCAAUCCAUUGGUAAAAAGAAAAGAAAUGCUGGUAAACAACUUAGUAGGAAAGAAAAGAGAAAGCAACUAAGAGCUGAAAAGAAACAUAAGCAUAUUUCUUCACAUAAUCAAACUAAAGAAGAGCAUAAUAAGCCUUUAAUUCAUAAGAAAAUCACGACUAUGGCAGAUACUAAAAGUUCUAAACACUAUGAUAAUAACAAGGAACCAAAGCAAAAGAAAGCUAAAACAUCGAACGCCAAAACAAUUACAACAAAACUCCCAUUUUCUUCAGAUGAUGAGCUUUCUUCCGGAGAUUUUGACGAAUUUGAUGAAGAUGAUCUUGAUGCUGAAGAAUGGGAACAAUUGAAAGAACUAGAGGAAAAUGACAGUAAUGAAGAUGAAAGUGAAGGCCAAGAUGAUGAUGUAGAGGAAGAAUUAGAUGAAACGGAACCUAUGACAACAGAAGAAACGAUGGCAAAACUUAAAGCUUUGAAAGAAUCAAAAAACAAAAAGAAAAACACCAAAACCGUAACUAAGACUGUUACAUUUGACCUUCCAGAAGAAGAUAAAGAAGCUAAAGAGAUGACAGUUGAAGAAACUAUGGCGGAAUUAAAAAGAAAAAAAGCUGCUAAAAAAGAAAGAAAAAGUAAUAGACAUUAUGAAGAAGAAGCUGUAGAAUAUCCCCUGACUCCUGAAGAAAUGGCAGCCAUUGAAAGAGAUGAAUUAGAUAUGAAAUAUUAUGCCAAGAAACUGGGAUUGAAAAGUACAAAGAAGAAAAUCCGUGCAAGGGAUGAAUUUGAUGCCAUCGGUGGGCUCUUGGAAGGCCUUGAUUAUUUUGAAAACUACGGUGAAGAAGACGAAGACUACGGUGAUUUUGCAUUUGGGAAGAGUGCUGACCGUUCCCAAGAAGAAGCCGAUGACUCGAAGCAGAGUGAAAAUGAAAGCAGCGAGAGUGAGAAUGAAGACGAUACAAAGGCAUUUCCCUCAGAUGACGAGCUAUCAUCAGGAGAUUUUGAUGAAUUUGAAGAAGGUGAUCUCGAUGAAGAAGAAUGGGAACAACUAAGGGAAUUAGAAGGUGCAGAUAGUAGUGAUACUGAAACAAAAUCUUUGAAAAAGAAGAAAAAGGCUAAAGAGAAUCCAUAUGUUGCUCCAGCUACUUCUGACUCAACUGAUACAUACAUACCCCCUUCCUUGAGGAAAAAACAAUUGACAUCUGAUGGAAAAUCUCCUAAAGUUCUUGAAAUUAAACAGAAAGUAAAGUCAUCCUUAAACAAACUGUCUGAUUCCAAUAUUACUAUUAUAAUAUUGAGUAUAAAUGAACUGUAUGAUUCUUAUCCAAGACAAUACGUUACGGAAGCCAUAACUAAUCAAAUUAUAGAGAUCAUUGCCCAAAAAAAUAAGCUAUUGGAUAGUUUCAUAAUGAACUAUUCUGCAGUAGCUUUUGCACUAUGGAAAUUAAGAGGUAUUGAAAUGGGUGCUCACUUUAUUCAAACAGUGGUAGAAACUUUCUUAAAAAGUUACAAAACACAGUUAUCUAUGCUAGACACACAGAAAGAUGAUAAUGAACCUACCGUUUUACCAAAAGAAUGUAAUAACAUCGUGACAUUACUAGCAUAUUCUUAUAACUUUGGAUUCAUAUCUUGCCGUUUGAUUUAUGAUCUAGUUAGAAUGUUUGUUGAAGAUCCUAAUGAAUUUACCACAGAAUUAUUGCUAAGAAUAGUUGCAGUCUCUGGUCAGCUGAUUAGAGGUGAUGACCCUUCCGCAUUGAAAGAAAUUUUAUCAAUACUACUGAAAAAUGUUAAGCCAAUGAAGCAGCAAUCACCAAGAUUAAAAUUCUUAUUAGAUACAAUGUCAGAUCUAAAGAAUAAUAGAUUGAAACCGUCCAUUUUGGCAACUGAUCAUCAUCUGGUUAAGAAAAUGAUUUCCAAUUUAGUUAAUAGUUCCAGCAGUAAUGAUGCAUUACAAGUAUCCCUUGAUGAUAUCAGGAAUGUUGAUAUGAAAGGUAAGUGGUGGUUAGUAGGCGCUUCUUGGAGAGGUAAUAUGGAACAUGCGUUUGAUGAGGCCAAAACAGAACGUAACUCUAAACAAGAUAAUAUCAAGCCAGCUACAGAAAUUGAUAUUGGAGAUGAUUUACUUGAUGAUAUUCCCGACUGGGCCGAGAUUGCCAGAAAACAGAGAAUGAAUACGGAUAUUCGUCGUGCAAUCUUUAUUAGUAUAAUGUCAGCUACUGAUUAUAUGGAAGCAUUUUCUAAAUUGGAGAAGUUAAAUUUGAAAAACAAACAAACUUUGGAAAUCCCAAGAGUAUUGAUGCAUUGUUUAUUGGCGGAGGGCGGUAAUAGUGGUUAUAACCCAUUCUACUCACUGGUCGCUUGUAAAAUUUGCGAACAUCACCAGCUGUUAAAGUCAUUUCAAUUUCUUUUCUGGAACGUGGUAAAGAAAUUUGAAGAUAAAUCCAAUGGUGGCUAUGGUAGUGAUGACUCCAGUGAUGAAGAUACUGAAGAAGAAUUCGAUGGAGAUGAAGAUAAACGACUAAGAAAUAUUUCAAAUCAAGGUAGAUUCUUCGGAUAUCUAAUCAGCGAAGGGAUUUUGAAACUAGACACAUUUAAGCAUGUACCAAUUAUGGGCGGUUUGAAUUCUAAUGGUACACUUUUUGUUGAAUUGUUGCUUUAUCAAUUAUUAUUAUCAAUUGCAAAGAAAUCUGAGAAUAAAGAAAAGAACAAAAUUGAUGGUAAAAGAAAGUUUAAUUACAAAGAUACAUAUCUAAUCAAUACUCUCACGAAUGGUAUUAAAUUAGAAAAUCGUUCUGCAAUUCUCAAAGGUUUGAAAUGGUUUAUACAAAAUAAAUUAAAAUAUAAAAGCUAUAUCUCUGGUUCGGCGGGAAGCAAACCCUAUGAAAGAGACCUCAGGAGGAUAAAAUGGGCAUCAAAGAGAUUUGUAGAGCUUAUUGAUGAAGAAUUAGAAGGAGUUGAUUAUUAA